CGAAAGUUCCAAACAGACUGAGCAGAACCUUCUGCAGAACACACAUCCACAGCCACUCUGCAGAGUUAAAACCCUCGGAACCGACACGAGGACCCGGACGCGUCUGUUUUUUUUGUUGUUUUUGUUUUUUUUGUUCGGUUCGGAGCUCUGCAUCUUUUUGCACAAACAUGAUUUUCGACAAGUUGAAAAAGUUGGACAUCGUCUUCGACUCCCCGGAGGUGGACUGUCCCCCCGUGUUCAGCAGCGGGGACGUGGUGUCGGGUCGGGUGGUUCUGGAUCUGUCCGGGGAGAGCCGGGUCGACUCCCUGAAGCUGCACGCGGAGGGCUUCGCCAAGGUGCACUGGACCGAGUCCCGGUCCGCGGGUUCGAGCACCGCGUACACCCAGAACUACAGCGACGAGGUGGAGUACCUGAACCGGAGAGAGGUGCUCCUGCAGGCAGAUAAUGGUGAAAUCACCGUCCUUCCCGCUGGCAGACAUGAGUUUCCAUUCAGCUUCCAGCUUCCAGAGGAGACGCUGGUCACCUCCUUUGAAGGGAAGCAUGGCAGCAUCCGUUACUGGGUCAAAGUUAAGCUACACAGACCUUGGACCACCGUCAAGAAGAUCAAGAAGGAGUUUACAGUCAUUGAACCCAUUGACAUCAACACGCCGGCCUUACUGGCGCCGCAGGCCGGAACGAAGGAUAAAAUGGCACGGGCAUGGUACCGCAACUUCGGACAGGUGUCUGUAACGGCGAAGAUCGACCGAAAAGGCUACACACCAGGCGAGGUGAUCCCCGUCUUCGCUGAAUUCGACAACUCUACCUCCAGAUCCAUCGUGCCCAAAGCCUACAUCACCCAGACGCAGACGUUCAUCGCCCGUGGCACUAUGAAGCAGAAGCGCUCGGUGGUGGCCACGCUCUGCGGCGACAUCGUGGGCGCCAGAUGUCGGGAGACGUGGCAUGGCCGCGCCAUCAAGAUCCCGCCCGUGGGUCCGUCCAUCCUGCAGUGUCGCAUCAUCAAAGUGGAGUACAUGCUCAAGGUUUGCGUGGACGUUCCCGGGACAUCCAAGCUGUGUCUGGAGCUGCCGCUGGUCAUCGGCACCAUCCCCCUCCAUCCCUUCGGCAGCCGGACCUCCAGCGUCAGCAGCCAGUACAGCGUCAACCUGGAGUGGCUGCGGAUGGCCAUCCCAGAGCAGCCUGAGCCUCCUCCAGAUUACAGCUCUGUGGUCACGGAAGAGGAGGCCGAGCAGAGAAACAACGCCGUCACCCCGCAACCUGCCGAAGACCUGAGUGGGAUCUUGGAGCGCCCCCUCAUGGCUUUCGUCCAGGAGUUUCGCUUCAGACCGCCGCCUGUUUACAGCGAGAUCGAUCCCAACCCUCAGCCUUUCAAUAUGAGACCACGUUGCAUGACAUGUUGAACCACGAACCCUGCCUGAGCGUCAAGCAGCUUCAAUUGAACGAAAACCAAUCAAGGGAUUUGUCUACUCCUGGGUUACUUCUCUCUGAUUAAAAAGGCCUGGUCCCGCCCGGCGUUGUGGAGAAGGGACCGGAUCGACGGCGAGAAGUCCGGACCGGAGACGGAGCUCACAGAAACCGGAUGUCGGUGGAGGAUAGAGGGAGGCCCCCGCUUUUUUAAAAACAAAAACAAAAAACAAAAAAAGUGGACGCUUUCCUGUUCUGCACCUUCUCCACGUCAGUUUCUGUCCUCCCCGAGUGAUUUUUUUUUUAGGCUCCUGAUGAAGCGAGCCACACAUACCUCCCAAUCAACGUUUCCCUUAUCUGAAGUGAAUUUUGACUUUUAAGGAGUUUGGGACUGACAGGUGUUGUGGGGGGAUAAAAAAAUCACUUGAUACUCGUUAGGUUGAGAGUAUGAGUUGGUGUACCCAAAGCGCUCUUGACAAGUCGACGUGUUUUUUGCAUCGUCCUCUUUGAGUGGCGUAAACGAGAAGUGCAAUUAUAUAUAUAUAGUCUGCGGCGUCCAGCUCCCCUUCGUCUGGAAACACAGUAGAUUUUCAACAACCAUUACUAUGCAUCAUGUGCCUAUGAUCAUUUCUACUGUUCCUUAAGCACAUACUGUAUCUGAAGGUGGAACGCCGGAGCAGAUUAAGUCGAAUAAGCAGAUUUAAGAUGUAUUUUAUGCAUGCAGGUAACAAAAACAAUAUGCUAAAGGGAAAAAAACACAUAUGCCUUAAAUAUCUGCAGUUGAGGAUCGCAUGAGAGUUUCAGGGAGUCGUUCUCUCAAGAGCCGACUGGCACUGAAUGUAUUCUUGAAAAGAACAACAACAAAAAAAAACGGUUGGAUUGUACGAGAGAGAAGAGUCGGUAUCUUGUCGGGAAAGGCUGUCGGAUAGCUGCGGUUUGCGAGUUUGAGCACGGUGAUAAAAUGGAACGAGGAGUUUGUGUAUAAAGCUGCACGAGGCUCGUAGAUUAGCUCUCCCAGCUGCUAAACAAAAGGAGGAGGAGGAAGAGGAGGUCCCUGAGCCAUGUGGUCUGGAGCGUUUGAUGGGAGCCAGAUGCCUCGCUUGUGUGAGGCGCUUUUGUGAAGCCCAGUUCAAGUCGAGCCUUAAGCUGGAGAUGCCACUGAAAUGUAUGGACAAAGAACAUUCCAAAUACUGACUGGAGGAUUAUGUUUUCUCCUCUACUUCCGAAGAAAAAAAAGAAGAAGAAAAAAAAAAAAAGAACUGUUAAGGAGGAUGAACUAAGUCUUCAGGGUCAGAUGUGUGACUUUGGUGACACGCACUGAAAAACCGAAU